AUGUGUCAAGAACUUGCAAAUAGCUUGCCUUGGAAGUUCUUUGGCACAUCCUGUGUAAGUGCUGUUGAAUGGGAGCUGAUGCUGCUGAGGACUCCCCAGAAACUUUUGCUCUUUCUCUUUGGAGCCUUGGGGCCUUUGCAGGUAAAAGGUCGUGGCCAAGAUUUCACUGAUGGGGUAUGUCAAGGGAAACAGCUUUUUCAGUGUGAUGAAGAUUGUGGCGUGUUUGUGGCAUUGGACAAGCUGGAGCCCAUAGGCGAUGAUGACAAUCGAUCGGAAAGUGAUUUUGCAGCCCCGGGGGAUACAAAGCAGGCUGAACCUCCCCCUUUGGAAAUAAACUCCAGAGUAUCUCUGAAGACCGGAGAAAGUAUAGAAUCUGGAACAGUGAUAUUCUGUGAUGUUUUGCCAGGAAUAGAGAGUCUAGGAUAUUUUGUUGGUGUGGACAUGGAUAACCCUAUUGGCAACUGGGAUGGAAGGUUUGAUGGAGUACAACUUUGUAGCUUUGCAAGUGUUGAAAGUACGAUUCUUCUGCACAUCAAUGAUAUCAUUCCAGAGAGCAUGACACCAGAAAGGAGGCCUCCCAAACUUGCUUUUAUGUCAAGAGGAGUUGGUGACAAAGGUUCAUCUAGUCAUAAUAAACCAAAGGUUAUAGGACAAUUUUUCAUAGUGGCAGAAGACCCUGCAAAGUCACUUUCAGAGCUGUCUCCAGACUGUGAACUUUCAUCACCUCUACCACAACCUCCUUCCAUGAACUCCUUAUCCAGCGAGAACACUGUUCACUCUCUACCGUUCAGCCUGACCAAGAUGCCCAAUACUAACGGCAACAUUGCUCACAACCCACAGCCACUGUCAGUGCAGCCUGUGAUGGGCGAGCUGAACAGCACGCCUGUCCAGGAGAGUCCACCUUUGCCCAUCUCUUCUGAUAAUGCAUACGGCCUAGAGGUGGGCUCACUGGCUGAAGUGAAAAAGAAUCCCCCGCUCUAUGGGGUUAUCCGUUGGAUUGGCAAGCCGCCUGGGCUCAGUGACAUGCUAGCAGGCCUAGAACUGGAGGAUGAAUGUGCGGGCUGUACAGAUGGCACGUUCAGGGGCACGCGCUAUUUCACCUGCGCCUGGAAGAAGGCCCUGUUUGUCAAGCUGAAGAGCUGCAGACCCGACUCUAGGUUUGCGUCCCUGCAGCCUGUUCCUAAUCAUAUUGAAAGGUGUAAUUCCUUAGUGCAUGCCGUGGUCUGUUUUAUCAUGUUCGUCUCUGGGGGAGUCUGGAAAAUCUGUAGCUUAUUGCUGCUCUGCAUCCACACUGCACAUUCACAAGUGGGCUCUGCUUCAUGGGCCAACAGCCCUGCUGAAACCACUACUGGGUUUGACAGCAAUGACUAUUUCAGUUUCAUAGGGAAACUCGCACCAUCAUGCUUGAUUAUUCAGAUGCCUCUGUUUGGAAAAGACUUCAAAAUGUUCCAAAAAAUUUUCCCUUCUCUAGAAUUAAAUAUAACGGAUUUGCUUGAAGACGCUCCCAGGGAGUGUCGCAUCUGUGGAGGACUUGCGAUGUUCGAGUGUAGAGAGUGCUAUGAAGAGUCUGACAUCACAGCAGGGAAGAUCAAGCAGUUCUGUAAGACCUGCUGCACUCAGGUUCACCUCCAACCCAAGAGAAUGAAUCAUAUAUAUAACCCGGUAUCACUUCCCAAAGACUUGCCUGACUGGGACUGGAGACACGGCUGCCUCCCCUGCCGGAAGAUGGAGUUGUUUGCUGUCCUCUGCAUAGAAACGAGCCACUACGUUGCUUUUGUGAAGUAUGGGAAGGAUGAUUCAGCCUGGCUCUUCUUUGACAGCAUGGCUGAUCGAGAUGGGGGUGAGAAUGGCUUCAAUAUUCCACAAGUGACACCCUGCCCCGAAGUGGGAAAGUACUUGAAGAUGUCUGUGGAGGAGCUGCACUCCUUGGAUUCCAGAAAUAUUCAAGGCUGUGCACGCAGACUUCUUUGUGAUGCGUACAUGUGCAUGUACCAGAGUCCAACCAUGAGCUUGUAGAAAUAACAUGUCAUC